AGACUGGCAAGUUGACCAAGACGUGAAGAAGUUGUUGGGACAGCCGGAGCCCUUCCGGGACCGUCGUGUGAUGUAUUUCCCCUCUUGAGAGUGACGCAGCUAAAGCUUCCCCAGAUCGGCUGUCGAAUCCCUAGCCGUCGAUUACCUCCGAGGCGGUAUCCAAUCAAACGUCGUCGCCGCCGAUCUGCCACCGCCCCAGAAAAAGUUCAGCUUCCCAAUCUAGCGCUGCGCGACAGCCCUCCGCCUCCACGGACAAGCAAACUUCACAAUGCCUCUUCCAAAACGACAGACGAUACCUGUAAAGGGCGCGAAAUCUAGCGCGCCUACCACAGACGACUCGCGAUUCGCAAACUUCGAAACCGACCCCAAGUUCAGACUCCCCUCGAAGAAGCACACCAAGACCAAGCUCGAUCCCCGGUUCUCGCGACUACGGAGCGAUCCAGACUUCUACAACAAGGCCACAGUCGACAAAUAUGGCAGAAAGGUAUCCAAGGAAGCUGGCAAAAAGGCCAUCGACAGGCUAUAUGACGCCGACAGCGAUGACAAGGACGACGAAGAUGAAGACGACGAAGACGACGGAGACGAGCUGGAGCUAGAGCGACCGGCUAACAAGAAACGGGACAAAGCGGUCAAGAAGGAAAUGCAGAGGGUACAGCAAGAAGGCUUUGACCCCAUCAGAGACGGUGGACUUGAGUCUUCAUCGGACGAGAGCUCCAGCGAAGAAGAGGACGAGGUCGAACUGGAGGAGCAAACAGAGCUUGCCGGCGACGACAAUGAAGUUCCGACAGGCGACAUCUCUGCACGCUUGGCUGCUGUGAACAUGGACUGGGACAACAUACGGGCCACCGACAUCAUGGCUGUAGCAAACUCGUUCGUUCCGGCUGAUGGGCGAAUCCUCAACGUUGUCAUAUACCCUAGCGAGUUUGGUAUGGAGCGCCUGCAGCGUGAGGAGAUUGAGGGACCGCCCCGCGAGAUCUUCGCAUCCACGUCCAAUAGAGACAAGAACAACAUCGGCGUGCUUGACGACGACUCGGACAUCUCGGACGCAGACGAUGAGGAACAAAACAGGGCAGACUUGCAAGGAGACGAAACAGGCGAAGAAUUCGACUCCACCAAACUGCGAGCCUACCAACUUGACAGGCUGCGAUACUACUACGCCGUCAUCACAUGUUCCUCUGCCAAUGUCGCAAAGUCCAUCUACGACAAUCUCGAUGGCCGAGAAUACCUGACGAGCGCCAACUUCUUCGACCUACGAUUCGUUCCCGACGGCACAACCUUCGACCAAGAUCCCCACGACGAAUGCGCGAAGCUGCCGGACGGCUAUAAACCCAACGAGUUCUCAACGGAUGCACUUACACACUCAAAGGUCAAGUUGACCUGGGACGCUGACGACGCGACACGGAAGGAAGUGCAAAAGCGAGCUUUCUCCCGUAAGGAGAUUGAUGAGAACGAGCUGCAAGCAUACCUGGGCACAGACGAGUCAUCUUCCGAAGACGAGGAAGCAGCAGCAAAGGCAGACAAGGCCGCAAGUCUCAGGGCUGCUUUGGGACUGGAGGCUCCUGGCAAGUCUUCAAAAACGAAGAAAAAGACGUCUGCAAAGCGCGAUCGCGACUUUCCAAAGCCAGAUAGCGAGAUGCAGAUUACCUUCACAGGAGGACUAUCCAAUGGCGCUAGCAACGGCGACGUAUUCGAGAACGAAAUCCCACUGCAAGAGACUACAAUGGAGAAGUACAUUCGCAAAGAGAAGGAAAGGAAGGCGAAGCGUAAGGAGAGGUGGGAAGCCAAGAAGGCCGGCAGGGACCCUGAUGCCCCAGUUGAGCAGGAGGCGGAUGCGCCAGCGGAUGCGAACGAAGACGAUCCAUUCAACGACCCGUUCUUUGCCUCUGAUCCCGAAGAAGCUGCAAAGGCCGCCAAGCCCAAGUCGAAGAAGUCUGAGAAAGCAAAGAAGAAGGCAGAGCAAGAGCAGCAGGAUCAGGCGGCCGCAGCUGAGCGCGCGAACCUGGAGCUGCUUAUGGCAGACGAAGACGACUCCAAGCUGCGCCAUUUCGACAUGAAUGAAAUCGUCAAGUCGGAGAAGGCCAAGAAGAAGGGCAAGAAAGCCAAGAAGAACGCUCCCAUCAUAGAGGACAACUUCAAGAUCGACACGACCGAUCCUCGUUUUGCGAAGUUGUACGAAAGCCAUGAGUUUGCUAUCGAUCCUACAAACCCUAGGUUCAAGGAGACGUCAGGUAUGAAGGCGCUGCUAGAGGAGGGUCGCAAGAAGCGCAAACAAGGCAAGGAUGGUGAUGAGCCAGAACUUCAACGAGAGUCGAAGAAGUCCAAACAGGAUGCUGCAGAGGGCGAGGAUGAUAUCAAAAAGCUGGCUGCUCGCGUCAAGGCGAAGAGUAAGCAGAAAUGAAGUAGGCUGUCUAAAUAGUACUUGAUACCCAGCGAACCAGCUUGCACUACACACAAUGUAUAAGAUUCGUACACGAG